AUGGCAUUGCUAAGCUCCUUAAAGGUGAAGUCUUGGGUAGUCGAGAGUAAAGGCUUGGGGAGGAUUAUGUUGUUAGAGCCCUCGUUUGCGAAAACGAGAUUAUUAUUGGGUUCGAAAGGGUCGCAUUGCGAGACGAGUAGGGGGUUGAUUAGGGUUUUCAAGUCGGAUUGGUAUUGCUGUUGGGUGUGGAAUAGGAUAGGGCAAGUAUUAAGAGGAGUAAUAGUGAUUAAAAUCCUGCAGUGGUCUCUAUCCUUUUACAAAAAUCCCAAGGGAGAUUUAUUUAGCGUGCGCUUGUUAGCAUGUUUAAGAUGUGUCACUUUGGGCUCGCAGUUUCAUGCAUGCUCUGGCCACAAAACAAAGGGUCUCCAUCGAUCCAUUGCACAAACUGUUGAAAUUAAUUAA